AUGCGAAUAUCGACGUCGUAUGGCACCAGAAGUUACGACGCGUUCCAAGACCAACUCGAGGGUGUUCGUCCAAAGACUACCAUUCACCCGUCACGGAAGUCGAGGAUGGCAUUCAUCUCCGCAUUUCAAUACGAUAGCAAUGACUCGUAUUCUGUUCCAAGUUGGGUGACCCCAAGAAAGAUCAAGACCGCUCAGCCAGCGACAAGACCUCGUACGAUUCCAUCUGCACACCCUGAGCACAAGAUCUCGCUGGAGGUAGUCACUGUACCAAGUCAGCUUUCUCCGAGAAGGCCGAUAACGCGGGCACACCUGAAGGGAGGGAAGUCCAUCGAUGACAAGGUCUUCGAGUAUACAGAAGUUCCGGAGAGAUCGUUAGAACAGGUGCUGUCCAGCGAAUCAACUCCGUAUGAGAUACGUGAGACUCUCAAGGUCCGGGCGCUGUGGGUGAGCUCGCCUCGAAGAGUUGUCUCCGAGUUUGUCAGCAUCGAAUGA